UCCGCAUCUUUCGAGUCUCCACUUCGGCUCCAAACCUUCGAUCUUCACCCUCCCAUUCAACCUGAUUCUUUCCUUUCGCCACCUGCGUAUCUGAAGUCAUGGCUAUCGGUGAAAUCGUCUCUGACGAGUCGCUGCUACCCGUGCUCGGCACUAGUGCAGAGACCUUGGCUCAAUGCCAGCAGCUGAUCGCAUUGUUGAAUCCCGACAACAGCCCGACCGAUCCCUCGGGUCUCAAAGAACUGUCCUUGGCCGUAUCCAAGCAGCAGAAGAUUCUCUUCGCUCGACUCGCUCAACUCCGCGGCCAGAAUCGAGAUGCCAUCAUUCGUGUCCGUGACACAAAACAUGCCACCGCCGAGGCUCGCCAGGAGAUCGACCGACUACAUCUACAACUGCAGAACUUGUACUACGAGCAGAAGCACCUUACCGGCGAGAUCGCCGCCUGCGAGUCUUAUGACCACAAAUAUCUUUCACUGCCUCUAAUUCCCGUGGAUGAAUUCUUGGAACUGUUUCCCGAGCAUCGCGAAUCGAAUGAACACGACCUCAUGAUCGCGCGUAUCAACCACGAACAUGCCGAACGAGAGAAGCUCGAGCAGGCUCGUCAGGAGCUCUUGAAGCGCAAGCAAGCGUUGAUCGCAGAAAAUAAGAAACGCAAGGAUGAUUUGGCCAAUCUAGAUCAGGAUCUAGAGAAGUUCGUCGAUGCAGCCAAACCAAUUCAAAAGAUCUUCGAAAAGGAGUACUAAGGAGAGGACUGUGCUUGGGCAUGCUACCAGAUCAAAAGGCUUCUGCGCCUUUUGGGUGACUACAUUGGGUUGGCGUUAUAUCGGACAAAAUAGAUACCCUACUGGAUUUAAUGAUAAGAUUUGCAUAUAUUCAUCUUAAAUGUUCCUGAAAAUCCUG